CCUGACUGACAGCCCGCAAAGUUUCCCUGUCGCUAGACUCUUAUGCUAAUGAGGCCGGGCGGCGUGCGCCCAUUGGCCCGGCCCCGAGCCCGUGUCCCGCCUGACGUCACGGGCGCUAUAAAACUCCGCAAUGCUUUAAACUCUCCUGCCGGAUCAAACCUUUAAAUAUUUUUCAUCUUCUUGCUGUAGCUUUGAGGCCGAGUUGUUUUUUUUCCCCCUCUCUCUCUCUAUUUUUUUUAAACUCUUAUUAUUAUUAUUUUGGUUGCGAUAUAGACUUUGAUUUUUUUUUUUUAUUUUUUUGCCUUCGCUCUCUUUCCCUCCUCCCUCCCCCGAUGAACCUCUCUCCUCGCUCUGCACUUUGCACGAGAGAGCCCAGAGGAAAGGCACCAUGAAGUGUUAAAAAUAACAAAACAAAACAACAACAACAACAACAAAUUUACUCGCAACAACACCAGCUAACACUUCCAGCUGCGGUUCGCGAGCUGCGAAAGAGAGCGAGAGGAGAGAGAGAGAAGGGAGGGAGAGAGGAGGAAAAAAAAAAAACCCUCUAUGCAAAAGGCGAAUAGCGAGAGCCCCGCGCUCUGAUGCAUCAGCGGAGCCUCUGCGAGGGAUAACGCGGAGCGGGAGAGGAGCCGCCGGGGCGGACCGGAGCGGAGGCAGAGCAGGAGAGCGGAGCGGAGCUCGCCAAAAAUCAAGCUGGCUCACCCGGUGGCGACUCAGAGCAGCCCCCUCGCUCCCGGAGCGCACCCUUUCUGGAGGACUCUCGGCAGCAAAAGGAUGGCAUCAGAGCUGGCGAUGAGCAGCUCCGACCUGCCCACCAGUCCCCUGGCCAUGGAAUAUGUUAAUGACUUCGAUCUGAUGAAGUUUGAAGUGAAAAAGGAGCCGGUGGAGACCGAUCGCAUUAUCAGCCAGUGCGGCCGCCUGAUCGCCGGGGGAUCGCUCUCCUCCACCCCGAUGAGCACGCCCUGCAGCUCCGUGCCCCCGUCCCCCAGCUUCUCGGCGCCCAGCCCCGGCUCCGGCUCCGACCAGAAGACCCACCUGGAAGACUACUACUGGAUGACGGGGUACCCGCAGCAGCUCAACCCGGAGGCGCUGGGCUUCAGCCCCGAGGACGCGGUGGAGGCGCUGAUCAACAGCAGCCACCACCCGCUGCCCGGCGCCUUCGAUGGCUAUGCUAGAGGGCAGCAGCUGGCCGCGGCCGCCGGCGGCUCCGUGCCGGCCGAGGAGAUGGGCUCGGCGGCCGCCGUGGUGUCGGCGGUGAUCGCCGCGGCGGCGGCGCAGGGCGGCGCGCCCCACUACCACCACCACCACCACCACCCGCACCACGGCGGCGGCGGCGGCGGCGGCGGCGGCGGCGGCGGGCACCCCCACGCCGCGGCGCCGGGCAGCGCGCCGCCCUCCUCCGCCUCCUCGGCCGCCGGCUCCGGCUCCGGCGGCAGCGGCGGCGGCGGCGGCGCCGGGGGGCUGCACCACCCGCACCACGGCGGCGGCGGCGGCGGCGGCGGCGGCGGCCUCCACUUCGACGACCGCUUCUCCGACGAGCAGCUGGUGACCAUGUCGGUGCGGGAGCUGAACCGGCAGCUGCGGGGCGUCAGCAAGGAAGAGGUGAUCCGGCUGAAGCAGAAGAGGAGGACCCUCAAAAACAGGGGCUAUGCCCAGUCCUGCCGCUUCAAGAGGGUCCAGCAGCGGCACGUCCUGGAGUCGGAGAAGAACCAGCUGCUGCAGCAAGUGGAGCACCUAAAGCAGGAGAUCUCCAGGCUGGUCCGGGAGAGGGACGCCUACAAGGAAAAGUACGAGAAGCUGGUCAGCAAUGGCUUCAGAGAAAACGGAUCCAGCAGCGACAACCCCUCCUCUCCAGAGUUUUUCAUGUACCCGAGAGAAUCAUCUACAACGGUGAUGUGAAAAUCCCUGUUACCUGAGGUCAAAAAUAGAAGAAAAUGUGAUGCUGGACUGAGGAUGGCUUAGAACAACCUUCUGGCAUGAAGACAGCUACAAAGCACAAAAUACAAAAAAUGAACUCAGAAAGAAACAAGAAAAAAACAGCGUUUUCUUGGCAUCAACAAGAAGCUCUUUAUUUUUCCUCAAGUUUUCUUUUCUAAAAAAAAUGGAAUUAAGACAUUUGCAGAAAUGAGACAAACUUUUUCUUCAGGUGACAAUAUUCAAGCAAGCAUGUUGUUUUAUUGAAUUUAAAUGGAAAGAAAAGACAGAUUUGGAAUGGGAUACAGUAUCAGGAGAACUGAGAAACUGUGAACUUUCAAGGAAAAAAACUCCAUAAAACUGUGAACCGAGAAAUGGAUGGAAAUACCAUUUAAACCCCUGAUUACACUCUGUGUGUUCUUAAGGAGACAUCAUCAUCUUUGCUAACUUGACAGUACUUAGGGAAUGGUUUACAACAUAUCUUUUAUUGUAAUCUUUUAAGAAAAAAAAAAAAAAAUCAGAAAUAUUUAAUUAGCUGUGACUUUACCAUUACUGUUCAGAUGUCUUCCUGCACCUUCUUUUUCUAGACAGCGCAGAUGUAUUUGCAGCCAAGAGUCAAAGGCAGAAAAGUUUUCUUUCCUCAAUAAUCUUUUGAUUUGCCACACCCAAUAAAACCCUUGCAGGGAAAAAGAAUCAACAAAACUACCAUCUCCCAAUCAAUACCUAAAGCCUAACAGACAGUAAUUAUCAAAAUAAGGAGGAAAUCCCAUAUUGGGCUACGUACCUACCCAUUAAUCAAAACAACAGACAUUAUUUGCAGAAUUGCUUUUCUAAAAUAAGACAAAAGAUGCCUCCUUGGGUUACACUUUGAACAGGCUAUAAUCAAAAGAAAGAGAACCGAGACUAACUAAGCCCCAGGAAGCCGCAUUGUCCCUUUAACCCGCAGUAUUCCCCACCUCCCAUUAGUACUUAACAUUUUUCACUAUGUUGUGACUGCUAUUAUUUCAUUUAACACUGGUUAAUCUGUAUCUGAGGUACAUGGAAACCCUCUAGAUGAUAAGAUUGGACAGGUUCCAGCGUUGGCAGUUUCCGAGCGUGCACACACUCGUGUGUUUUGAUCCUUCCAGGAGCUCCCUGCUAUUUGGCCUGGCUGCCAAUUCGUUCUUGGAUCAGCCUCUCGCUCAGCUCCCAGAGGGCAGCAGCCGUGGCAUCUCCCUGUGCCUGCUGCGAGGGCAGGCAGCGGCAGCAGUUGUUGAAGUACAUCCCCCCCAGCCCCUCCAGCUCCGCCGCCGUGCCGCAGUACACGCUCGUGGCAGCUCCU